AGUAUAACACGCGCUUUUCGUUUAGUAUGCGGCAGGUACCGUUAUUGAAUCAAUCGGUGAUAGUAUGCGUGUUUAUCAAUACGGAAGGUUUUGUAAAAAGUGUAUGUUUAUGGAUCAGAUCAACGUAGUGUUUUCGGUUCCGUUGGCUGGAUGAAGGAAUCAUUAGUACAUACCUACCUGUAUAUGAUAAUAUAAAUCAUCAUAUAGGAACAGUGUAGCUGGCAUAGUUAUGGAAGGCACCAAGUGAAGGACAUUUCUAUAUUUGGGGCGCCAGUCUGUAUUUAGGAUAUUGAAAACCAAAAAAAUUCUCUAAUAUAGGGGAUUCCAUUAUUGUUGUUAAUUACCAGGCGAUAUAUGACAGGCUAUUUGGCAAUAAUCGAUUAAGAAACCUACGGCGCCCGUCAUUGACUGUGACGUACAAUUAUUUUAAAACCACAAACCAGAAAGGAAAGUGCAGAAUGAACCUAUUUCUUUGACACACGUAUACCUACUUGCAAAAUUCAUUACCGCAAACCGCAAAAAAGGCAGUAGGAUGUACCCUCGUAAGACUUAUCGAAACAAUGUAAACAGCAAAAAUCAUUAUCAUCAAGGCAGGGAAAUUUGUUUUCAUUAAAUUAUUACAUAUUUGUAUUAGUCACUAACGAUUAAAAUACGACAAAGUUCGCGUUGCUGGCGAUGCAAAUAUUUAAUAUGUUCUCAGUGACAGUGUUUUUGGUACAGCUUUUUCUAGCUGCUGUGUUCUGCGCAAGUCGAAAUACAUCCUGCAUCACACCAAAUAAAGAAAAUGGAAGAUGUGUACCGGUAAAAAGCUGUAAGUUAAUUAUAAACGCCAUACAGGCUGGCGACUCCGAUGCAAUUAAAUUUGCUCAAGAGUCCCAAUGCGGUUAUGCGGAGGAACCGUUGGUUUGCUGUGGCACUAGGAACGUACCAGAGCGCCAUAUUUUGGAAGAUCGUGCAAAUAGUAAUAGUCGAAAUUCACCUUGCACAACACCACACAAAGAGAAUGGAAAGUGUAUUUCGGUACGCAGUUGUCCCGAUAUAUUAGCGGCCCUUCAAUCCGGUGCAGAGGGAGUUAACUUCGCACAACAGUCGCAAUGUGGAUACGAUUCGGAGCCUUUGGUUUGCUGCGGUUCAAUGGGUCCCAAAUCAGUAGACAUAUUUGAUCAUAACCUAUUGGCAGAUCGAAAAACCUGUGGUAUAGAAAGGACUGAUAGCAAAAUAUUUGGCGGUACCAGUACUGAUAUCGAUGAAUUUCCUUGGUUGGCCUUAUUACGAUAUGUAGACACCAUCGGAAACGAUGAAGGCUUUAAAUGUGGGGGAUCAUUAAUUAACGAUCGCUACGUAUUAAGUGCGGCACAUUGCAUUUCUGUUCCUGCAAACCAAGGAAUAAUAUUGAGCGGUGUGCGAUUAGGGGAAUGGAGACAGUCAACGGAGAUCGAUUGCGUAGGUAACAAGGGACUAGAAAAGUGUACUGAGCCUGUUGUGGAUGUUGGCAUUCAAAGAAGUAUACCGCACCCCAGGUACAAUACCAGAACGCGAGACAACGACAUCGGCUUAAUUCAACUUGAACGUAGCAUUAUUUUCAACGAUUUUAUUCGCCCCGUUUGUUUACCUCCGCCAAAUGGCAUACUUCCUGAUGUUGGGACUCUCAUGGUGGUAGCGGGGUGGGGUAGAACGGAAACCGAUGACAAUUCUGAUGUAAAACUAAAGUCGUCGGUUCCCCUGGUAUCUUCAUCGUCAUGCGCGAAAAAGUUUGGAAGUCGUGGGUAUAUUUCAGAUAACCAAUUUUGUGCAGGAGGAGUAGCAGGAAAAGACUCGUGUCAAGGAGAUUCUGGGGGUCCGUUGAUGCGUUAUAUUAUGCCGAAUAGCGACGUGCAAUGGAUUCAAGAAGGUGUAAUCUCGUGGGGAGUCAUGUGCGGAUUAGAAGCAUAUCCCGGAGUUUAUACCCGGGUGUCUAAAUAUUCCAACUGGAUUGUAGACAAUAUAUCAAAAUCUUAAUUAUUAACUUCCUAUUUUAUUGUCCAAAAUAUUAUCAUUAGUGUUUUGUAACAUAAUGUGGGGCUGCGAUCAGACUAGGUGUAAAUGUCAACGGGUAAUUUUGUAAUCGAUACUUAAUUAAUAUUUACGCAGCAUCACAAUAUUUAUUAUUAGUGUAUGAGCCUACGUGAAAUUAAUGUAAUAACUUACACACAAAACCAAUGCACCUCUUGUACUGUAAAAUAUUUAAAUCUUUCCCUCCCCUCAAAUGCGUAUUAUGAGAAUUACACUUCUUGCUUUGGAAAUAAACUAUAUACAGUCCAACACUUUA